AUGACGUAUCAAGCGAUUAUCGAUGUUUUGGAAAGACACUUUAAUCCGCAGCCUCUCGAAAUUAGCGAAAACUUCCGUUUCAAAUGCCGAAAACAGGGCGACAAAAAUGCCAGCUCGCCGGAUGAGACUAUCGACGAAUACCUCACUGCACUGAGGAGAAUUGCAGUGACAUGCAAUUUUGGUAAUUAUUUGGAGACCGCUUUGAGAAAUCAGCUCGUUUUUGGAAUGAAGAGUAACGACAUACGAGCACGGCUGCUAGAGCGACGACAGUUGACACUGGCUGAUGCAAGGGAUGUCGCAGUAGGUAUGGAAUUGUCACUCAAAGGUGGAGCUGGAAUAGAAGGAGCCUAUGCCAAACAGAAAGUACAUGCUUUACAUAACCAACAAGGUAAGGCUGAAAAUAAGAAAGUGGGUGGAUCAAGCCAGUCUAGUGGCAAACCCGCUACUGAUUUACAAUGCUACCGUUGCGGUGACAAAUCGCACUUAGCUAAAAAGUGCCGGCAUUUGAACACAGUGUGUUCUUAUUGCAAAAUUAAAGGCCAUCUAGAACGAGUGUGCAUGAAAAAAACUGCUGCGAAUAGAGGUGAGUCUAGCCGACAGGGUUCAAAACUAAGUACGGUGAAAGCCAGUCACAUUGACGUACGCGAAGGUCGUGAUGCCAAAAAGGCCAGUAGCGGUGACGUUAUAGUGGGAGAAAUAUGUAGUCCCGUUAGCAUAAUUAAUACCCAAUACUACGAUAAACACUUCCGGAAUAUUAAAUUGCGAAACAGUGACUUGAAUCUGGUUAGUUACUGCAACACAGAUAUACAAAUCAAGGGAGUGUUGGAUGCUGACGUGGAAUGUGACGUAACGAAAGAGCGUUUGCCUUUGUAUGUAGUAAAUUCGGGAAAACAUCCCCUGCUUGGCCGAGAGUGGCUUAAAGUAUUAGCGGUGGACUGGAGUUCUAUUUUGCAAUCUUCAGGGACAGUUCACGCGAUUAAUCCACUCAACAUUUCCAACGCCUUGAAUGAGCUUUUCGCAACAAUUAGGAUCUGCGGGGAUUAUAAACAAACGGUCAAUCCAAACUUAAAAGUGGAUCAGCAUCCACUGUCCACAGUAGAUGAGUUGUUCGCGUCGUUGGCAGGAGGUGAUAAGUUUUCUAAAAUUGAUCUGGUACAAGCGUAUCUCCAACUUGAAGUGGCCCCAGAAGAUAGAGAGAUACUGACGUUAAAUACACACCAUUUAAUCAUUUUACAAGGAGUUGACGGUGUAAGUGUGUUUUUGGAUGAUAUUAAAAUAACGGGCCCCAAUGAUGCGGUUCAUUUGAGUCGGCUUGAAGAAGUCUUGCGUAGGCUGGAUCAGUACAACAUUCGGGUUAAUAGAGCGAAGUGCGAAUUUUUGACGAACAAAAUUGAAUAUUGCGGAUAUCUGAUCGAUCGAGAAGGUAUUCAUAAGGUACAGAAAAAGAUGGAUGCCAUUCAGUUUAUGCCGCGACCGAAAAAUAAAGAUGAGGUGCGGUCGUUUGUCGGCUUCAUCAAUUACUACGGUCGCUUUUUCGAUAAUUUGAGUAUCAUGCUUUACCCGCUGAACAAUUUGCUCAAAGAAACGGUCGAGUUAAAAUGGACAGAAGAAUGUGAGCAUUCGUUUUACACGGUCAAACAACAAAUGCAGUCGGAAAGAUGCUUGGUGCAUUAUUCGCCAGAGUUACCCCUACUCCUGGCUACAGAUGCUUCACCUUACGGCCUAGGGGCUGUUCUAAGUCAUGUCUAUCCGGAUGGUUCCGAACGCCCAAUACAAUUCGCGUCACAGACGCUUAAUGCUACACAACAAAAGUACAUGCAAGUAGACCAGGAGGCUUACGCUAUUAUAUUCGGUGUCAAAAAGUACUUUCAAUAUUUGUACGGAUGGAGAUUUAUACUGGUUACGGACAAUCAUGCGGUUACGAAGAUCUUUAGCGAACACAAGGGCCUUCCCGUGAUGUCUGCAUUGAGGAUGCAGCAUUAUGCUGGAUGCAGAGAUGAACCAAAUCGAAACCCUUCCGGUGACAGCAAAGGAGUUUUUCGCAAGCUACUAGUGAGGACGAAAAUAUUCAAACGUUUCUCCAAGGUUUGCGGUAUGGACAAGCAGUUGAUGGGAAAGAUCGGUUUGGCAUCGAUCGAACGGAAUUUACGAUUCAAAAUGGAUGCUUGUUGCGAGGAAUUCGCGUGUACGUUCCGGUUAAGCUUCGAGAGCGUGUUCUUGCAGAGCUCCAUUCUACCCAUUUCGGUAUAA